GAUCGAUGAAAGUGAUAUUUGAGUAUAUAGAUAUAUAUGAUAAUACAUCAUAUAUGACCUUUAGUCGGCCUAAUUAACUUCAAAAUAUUGAAUGGACAAAGCCAAAAACAUGAACAUGUUAAUAACAACAACAACAACAAAACAUGAUGUUAUUUAGCCAAUUCAGAACUCCAAACGACCUACAUGUUAUUGUUAAUUAUGACCAAAAAAGUGAAACAUGAUCUCUUAUUAAUGAAAUUUCUAAAAUUAUACAUACUAUGUUGUUUGAAUGCGAAGUGAUAAUAUUUAAUUGUGGAACUAAAUAUAGGUGAUCUAAGAACCUUAAAAUAAAUACGCAUUUUUUUUCAUUAAAAAGGGUUUUUCUUAUAUAUAAAUAUAUUAAUAAUUAAUUCCGUGGCUAUAUUUAUGUAUGUAUAUCCAUUCCUCUCUAUAUAUUGUAAAGCCUUUGACGUUUCUUAAAUAUUUUGCUUAUCAAACAUGCCAAAGUCAGCUGCUAAUAAUGAUGAUCUGCCACGAACGAGUAAAAGGGUUGGCCUUGGCCAUUACUUAUUAGCAGAUGACCUCUGUUUGUUAUUAAUUAUUAAUUUAGUUUUUUAUUUCAACAAUUUGAUUGGUUAUAUGUUAUAUAUUCUAGUAGAAAUAUCCACAUUUAUGGGGCAAGCUAUAGAGAAGUUGUGAUGAUAAUAAUAACAAUAAAGACACAAAAAAACUUCAAGUCUUCAACUUGACGUUUAAUCUAACAAAAUAUUAUUUGGAUCACUAAGGUUGCCUUUAAGACUAGUUAUACAUACUCUCACAAGUUUUUCCUAACCGGCCAAACAACAUUCAUUCAAUAUUUGCGCUCCAAGUUUUUAUGUUACUUCUUCAGUUGUAUCAUCAAAGUCAGCUCAUUAUAUAAUAUAUAAUGUUGGACCACUUAUUCCUCAUAAUCUCAAACGCAUAUACCAACCAAAACCAAAAUACAUUCUCUUUGAAUCGAAAAAAAGUAAAACAAAAACAAAAAGUCUCUAUUGAUUAAUUCUUCUAUAGCUAGCAACCAAUGGAAGGAAAACAUAAGUUUUUUCAUGGAACACUUGAAGCUACGAUCUUUCAUGCCACACCUUACACUCCAAUUUUCCCCUUCAAUUGUGUAUUUACAAAUGGAAAGCCUGCAUAUGUGACCAUAAAGAUAAACGACAAAAUAGUAGCUAAAACGACAUCAGAAAGCGAGCGCGUUUGGAACCAAAGCUUUCAAAUCUUAUGUGCCCAUUCUUCCAGCUCAACUAUUACCUUGAUUUUGGAAACUUCAUGCUCAUUCUUGGGAAAGUUCCAAGUCCAAGCUCAUCAAAUAUUAGAGGAAUCUAGUUUGAUUAAUGGGUUCUUCCCUCUUUCAUUGGAGAAUGGGAAGCAGCCUAAGGAUCAAGAACUCAAGCUCAGGUUCUUGUUGUGGUUCAAACCAGCAGAAAACGAACCAACAUGGGAAAGAACAAUACAUAGUAAUGAUGAAUUUCAAGGGCUAAAGAAUGCUUCUUUUCCACAACGGUCAAAUACCCAUGUCACACUUUACCAAGAUGCUCACCAUUGCUCAACUUUUCAGCCUCCACUUGAUAUUUGUGGGACUACGCAUAGAAAGCUAUGGGAAGAUGUGUACAAAGCCAUUGAGGGAGCUAAGUACUUGGUUUACAUUGCAGGCUGGUCUUUCAAUCCUAAAAUGGUUCUGGUUAGAGAUUAUCAAGUUGAUAUUCCACACGCGAAAGGGGUACAACUAGGAGAUUUACUAAAGAGAAAAGCAGAAGAAGGCGUAGCAGUAAGAGUAAUGCUUUGGGACGAUGAAACCUCCUUACCACUAAUCAAGAACAAAGGGGUAAUGAGAACACACGACGAAGAUGCAUUGGCUUACUUCAGAAACUCCAAAGUUGUAUGCAGAUUAUGUCCAAGACUACACAACAAGUUCCCCACAUUCUUUUCCCACCACCAAAAAACCAUCACAGUAGACAACAGGUCCAAUUCCACAAGUACAGAUAGAGAAAUUAUGAGCUUCAUAGGCGGAUUAGACCUCUGCGACGGCCGCUAUGACACCGAGCAACACUCACUGUUUCGCACACUCAAUUCCGAGUCACAUUGCUUUGAUUUCUACCAAACAAACAUUGCUGGUGCCAACCUUCACAAAGGUGGCCCAAGAGAGCCUUGGCAUGACUCUCACGCUUGCCUAACAGGGGAAGCCGCUUGGGAUAUCUUAACCAAUUUUGAGCAAAGAUGGACAAAACAGUUGGACCCUUCACUAUUGGUCCCUACAAGUACAUUAUCUAAGCUCAUUAACAAUACUUAUGAUAACAACCACAAUAAUUAUAUCUCAUCGCCAAAUAGUACUAGUACUACCCCAGAUCAUGAUCAUAUUCAUCGACCUAGGAACUGGAAAGUUCAAGUGUUUCGAUCAAUUGACCACGUGUCAGCAACCCAAUUGUUCAAAAAGUUGACCGUUGAGCAAAGCAUUCACGAGGCUUACGUGGAAGCUAUUAGGAGAGCUGACAAGUUUAUAUACAUUGAGAAUCAAUAUUUCAUUGGAGGGUGUCAUUUGUGGGAGAAAAACAGAGACAGUGGAUGUACUAAUCUAAUUCCAGUUGAGAUUGCGCUUAAAGUGGUGAAUAAGAUUAGAGCAAAGGAGAGAUUUGCGGUUUAUAUUUUGAUUCCUAUGUGGCCAGAAGGAGUGCCGGAGAGUGAGUCUGUUCAGGAUAUUUUGUAUUGGACUAGAGAAACUAUGACUAUGAUGUAUAAACUGAUUGGAGAAGCUAUUGAAGAAAGUGGUUGUUCGAGUCACCCUAGAGAUUACUUGAAUUUCUUUUGCCUUGCUAAUCGGGAAUCCAAAAUAGCUGGAGAAUAUGUUCCACCCUAUUCUCCUCACCGAGGCUCUCAUUAUUGGAAUGCCCAGAACCAUAGGAGGUUCAUGGUGUAUGUUCACUCCAAGCUCAUGAUAGUGGAUGACGAGUACAUCCUCAUAGGCUCUGCAAACAUAAACCAGCGAUCGAUGGAUGGGGAAAGAGACACGGAAAUCGCCAUAGGUUGCUACCAACAAGAGCCUCGAUCGACAGACAUUCGUGCCUUCCGUGCAUCGUUAUGGUACGAGCACGUGGGCUCGGGGCGCUCAAACGAAGACAUCCUUAAAUUAGAGCCGCACAGCUUGGAAUGCGUUUUGAAAAUGCGUAGGAUUGGGGAGGAAAUGUGGAACAUUUACAGUGGCGAUGAAGUAGUGGACAUGGAUGGAGUCCACCUCGUUUCCUAUCCCAUUUAUGUAACUGAAAUGGGUCAAAUUGAGGAUGUUGAUCAUGAUCAGGAUAGUUGUAAAGGUCUUUUUCCUGAUACAAACACUCCUGUUAAGGGGAAAAGAUCUAAAAUUCUACCCCCAGUUUUUACCACUUGAAAAUGUAAAUAUGUAAUGAUAUUAAUAUGUUUGUCACUUCUUCACCACAUUUCUUUCUUUGUAACACUAAUUAAUUAUCCACUAAUUCAAACGUGACAAUUCAAUUUUUACAUGUGAUAAAUAUACAAGAAGAUAA